AUGCCGCUUUCUCCGUCACCGUUCCAGGCUGCGGCAGUGCUCGUGGCUGCUUUCGUUCUCCGUGCCAUCUACCGCACAUGCCUCGCCCGGCUCCCCGAAGACAACAUCCCAGGCCCCCCAGCUGACCACUGGUUCAUGGGACAUAUGCCUUCCAUCUCCACACGUCAUAGCUGGAAGGCAUGGACUGACUGGGCGACCACCUAUGGCUCUGCAUAUCUUAUCAAGUUCCCCAUCGAGCGACCAGUGAUUGUCACCCACGACCCCAAGGCUAUACACCAUAUGCUCAUCAAGGACAUGGACAAUUUCCCCAAGUUCAUCACCCCCUCAGCCGAAUUGCCUUUCCUUCUCGGUCCGGGGGUCCUCACCACUCUUGGCGACCAGCACAAGCGGCAACGGAAGCUCCUCAACCCUGUCUUUUCUUCAGCACAUCUCCGCGACAUGACCCAUAUUUUCUACAUGGUUGCGCACAGGUUGAACGACGCUAUGGGCAAACGCGUCCCUGAGGCUGAUCCCGUCAAAGGUAUGGACGUCAACGCCUGGAUGGCCCGCACCACUCUCGAAAUGCUCGGUCAAGCCGGUCUCGGGUAUUCGUUUGAUAACUUCUCCGAGGACUCCACGGACGAGUUCGCAGAAUCUGUGAAGCUGUUCUUCCCCGUGCUCAUGCGGUGCAACGUUCUCCAGCUUUCCACCCAGAAGAUGUCCGAGUAUCUCUCCACAUCCGCCAUGCGCCGCUUGUGGCGUAUGCUCCCUCUUCCGGACACGAACAAGCUGCUUGACAUAAGCGAAACUAUGGAGCGCCGCUCGCGGGAGAUCAUUGCGGAGAAGAAGCGCGCCCUCGAGGGGGGUGACGAAGCGCUCGCGCACGAGAUCGGCGAGGGCAAGGAUAUCAUGAGCAUCUGCCUCAAGGCGAACAUGGCCGCCACCGAGCACGAGAAGAUGAGCGACGACGAGAUCAUCGCGCAGGUCUCGACGUUCAUCCUCGCGGGCAUGGACACGACCUCGAACGCGCUCUCCCGCAUCCUCCUCCUCCUCGCGGGCCACCCAGACGUGCAGGACAAGCUCCGGAAGGAGCUCGUCGAAGCCCAAGGCGCCGACCGCUCCGACCUCUCGUACGAGGACCUCGUCAAGCUCCCCUACCUCGACGCCGUCUGCCGCGAGACCCUCCGCCUGCACGCGCCCGUGCCCAUCACCGGCCGCAUGGCGAGCACGGACACCGCGAUCCCGCUCGCGCAGCCGCUCCGCGCGCGCGACGGCCGGCCCGUCCACGAGCUCGCCGUCUCCCGCGGCACGCUCGUCCUCCUGAACCUCCAGGCGAGCAACGUCGACCGCGCGCUCUGGGGCGACGACGCCGCCGCGUGGCGCCCCGAGCGCUGGCUUGCCGCGCUGCCCGCCGCGCUCGAAGGCGCGCGCGUGCCGGGCGUGUACGCGCACCUGAUGACGUUCUCGGCCGGGUCGACGUCGUGCAUUGGGUUCAAGUUCUCCCAGGCCGAGAUGAAGGUCAUCCUGGCGACGCUCCUGCCCGUGUUCUCCUUCGCGCUGACGGACAAGGAGGUCACGUGGAACGCGUCGGCCGUCCUGUACCCCACGAUGGGCUACGACAGCGACAAGCCCGAGAUGCGGCUGUUCGUGAAGGCGAUCAAGUCGUGA